ACGCCCAUUCGACGCUACUUAUGCACCCACAGGGUUCAGGGCUGAAGCUUGUAGUCUCCUGGCCUGCUGCGAAAACGGUGGAGAAAUGACAUGCGUCUGUGUCUGCUCAACUUUGUAUGAAGCAACAUGGUCUGGUAGCAGUUGAGAGGAUGGGGAUUUUCACUCGUCUUUUUCUUGUGCUCUGGAAGAACAUCACAUACCGCCGGAGAAACAAGAUACAACUGAUCAUUGAACUCUUCUGGCCGCUGUUCCUCUUCCUCAUCCUUAUUUCUGUUCGACAUUCACAUCGUCCUUACAAACAAAGCCAGUGUCACUUCCCCAACAAAGCCCUGCCCUCCGCCGGCACAUUGCCUUGGAUUCAAGGUGUUGUUUGCAAUGUCAACAAUCCCUGCUUCCACAGCCCCACACCUGGAGAGACCCCAGGCCAAGUUAGCAACUUUGACAACUCCAUACUUUCACGUGUGUUGGCAGACGCCCAGACUGUUCUAUCCUAUAGUGGAAACUACCCUUUUGCUGGCUUCCAGAACCUGCUCAACAGUCUGCGGCGACUCGGAGAGAAACCUGAAACAUGGCCAAUUGAGGACUUCAUGAGAAAUAGUGAAAAGUUCUCCUCCUUCCUUCUCAACAAUGCCAGCCUUUCUCCUGAGACAGUGACAAAGCUACUGAAGGCUCGGCUUAAUUUUCAGGUUGUGGCCGCAGCAGCAGGAUCACAGAUGCAAAUUAAAGAUUUGGUUUGUAACAAAAGCAUGCUUGGACCAUUCCUGACAGAUGAUGGGGACGAAGAAACAAUGAUGGCUUUACAGACUCAGCUUUGUGAUCUUCCUGCUCACAUCCUAGAUGACGCAGAGCGCCUGUUUUUAUCCCAACUGGACCUGAGCAAGAUCCUUAAUAGGGACCUUCUGCUGUCCAACUCUGGUGACUUCAUGGCCGUCAGUCAGUCUGCUGGUGCUGUCUUUCAGGAUAUUGCUGUUAUGCUGGAUUAUUUGUCGUCGUUCUCUAGUUUUCGAGAAUUGAAUGCUGCACUCCACGUUCUUUCUCCAUGGAACAGGACAUCAAACCCGAAGCAGAAUUUUAAAACAUUUUCAAAUAUCAUAUGUGGUCAGAAGACUUUUGAUGGUGAGCAAAUCCCAUACUUGAACUGGUAUGAACUCAAUGACAUCAAGUCUUUCAUGGGCCGAAAUGGCACUGAGGACAAACAUUUGGACCAGCAUAACAAUACCACUCCUUACUGUAAAAAGCUCAUUCAAAGUUUUGAGGACGACCCUUUGUCUCAGAUUGUUUGGCGAGGACUCAAACCUAUGUUUAUUGGAAAAGUGCUGUAUGCACCAAAUACACCAGCUGUGCAACAGGUUAUGAAAGCGGUGAAUGAGACGUUUAAGGACUUUCAGAUUCUCCAGCAGCUAAAUGCAACCUGGACUGAGGUGGGACCCCAAAUAAAGAAGUACAUGAAGAAUAGUUCAGGGAUUCAGCUGCUUCAGAAUCUGUUGAAGUGGCCAGAGUUUGCAGUGUUACUUGACCUGCGUUUGGAAAACACUUCUUGGACGGCUUCCCGCCUUGCUCAUUUUUUAUCCACUGACCCGAGUCCCGGAAGCCCAGGUCCCCCAACAUGGCUUGAUGUUUACAAUAACUUCUCCCAAACUCUGGCAAUACUUGCCCAAGUUACAGAGUGUUUUUCACCAAAUAAGCUGGAAGGACUGGAGAGCGAAGAGCGAUUAAUCGAUCGAGCCCUGGAGCUCAUAGAAGACCGACAGUUUUGGGCAGGUGUUGUUUUCAUGCUUCCCAACUCAUCAUCAGAUGUUCUGCCACCUCAUGUGGUCUACAAGAUUCGGAUGGAUAUUGAUGAUGUUUCCCGCACGCAUAGAAUUAAGAGCAGGUUAUGGAAUCCUGGUCCCAGAGCCAACCCAUUUAAUGACCUGCGCUACAUUUGGGGAGGCUUUGUUUACAUUCAGGACCUGGUGGAGAGAGCUGUAACAGCCGUUCAGACUGGAGUUUCACAGACAACCGGCAUAUAUGUUCAGCAAAUGCCCUACCCCUGCUUUGUUGAUGAUGUGUUUCUACGUGUGUCAAACAAUUUGCUGCCUCUCUUCAUGACGCUUGCGUGGAUCUACUCAGUGGCCAUGCUUAUUAAGGGUCUGGUGUAUGAGAAAGAGGCAAGACUAAAAGAAACUAUGAGGAUAAUGGGCCUGGGCACUGGAACUCUGUGGCUAAGCUGGUUCAUUACCAGUAUUGUCCCCUUCAUGGUUUCUUCGGGACUCCUCAUCAGCAUGUUGAAGUGGGGAGAAAUACUUCCAUACAGCAACCCUGCUGUAGUGUUCCUCUUCCUUUCGGCAUUUGCGACUGCUACCAUCAUGUUGUGUUUCUUCAUUAGCUCUUUCUUCUCCAGAGCUAACUUGUCUGCAGCCUGUGGGGGCCUAAUUUAUUUUGGCCUCUACCUCCCAUUUGUUCUCUGUAUGGCUUGGAGGGAACACAUUAACACUGUUCACAAAGUGCUGGUGAGCUUUCUGUCUCCUGUGGCCUUCGGAUUUGGUUGUGUGCUUUUCUCCCAGUAUGAGGAGCAGGGUGUUGGGGUGCAAUGGUCCAACUGGAACACGAGUCCAGUAGAGGGAGACACGUACAGCUUUGUCACAUCUAUAACCAUGUUGUACUUGGACGCUUUCAUCUAUGGCACUUUGGCGUGGUAUAUUGAAGCCGUGUUUCCAGGUGAGUAUGGAAUCGCCAAACCCUGGAACUUCAUCUUCAUGAUGAAUUACUGGGGCGGAGUCCCAUUGGAGACUGGGUUGCCAAUCCCACCUGCACCAACAGAGCAGGAUGAUGAUCACAUUGAACCUGAUCCAACUGGGCUGGUUCUUGGUGUGAGCAUACAAAACCUGGUCAAAAUCUACAAGAAAGGAGCCAAACUAGCCUUAAACCACCUUAACCUGAAGUUCUUCGAGGGACAGAUAACCUCUUUUCUGGGCCACAAUGGAGCUGGCAAAACAACAGCAAUAUCCGUGCUGACCGGUCUGUUUCCGCCCUCCUCUGGAACGGUAUAUUUCAAGGGGCUGGACAUUCGCCAUGACAUGGACAUCAUUCGGAAGAACCUGGGAGUUUGUCCUCAGCAUAAUGUCCUGUUUGACAUCCUCACUGUGGAGGAGCAUGUAUGGUUUUACGGUUGUCUCAAGGGUUUGUCAGCGGCCGAGGUGAGGGCCGAGUUGGACACUCUGCUUAGUGAUAUCGACCUGCUGGAUAAGCGUCAUGAACUGACCAAAAACCUCUCAGGUGGGAUGCAGAGGAAGCUGUCAGUGGCAAUUGCCUUUGUUGGAGGUUCCAAAGUGGUUGUUUUGGAUGAGCCUACAGCUGGUGUUGACCCCUACUCUCGCAGAAGAAUUUGGGAUCUGUUGCAAAAAUAUCGCAAAGACCGCACAAUCAUCCUCUCCACUCACUACAUGGACGAGGCUGAGCUGCUGGGUGAUCGCAUCGCCAUCAUCUCUCACGGAAGAUUGUGCUGUUGUGGAACACCUCUCUUCCUGAAGUCCAAACUUGGAUCAGGCUAUUACCUCACCCUGGUCAAAAAGGAAGGACUGACCAAGAGCACUCACAGCAGCACCUGCACUAACAAACUGACGUCUCUGACCAAGUGUGGUGAGUUGUCAAUUAACCAAGACACCGCUUUGGAAAGUGAGUGUUCAUACCUGGCAGCUUUAUUGUCCCUGGCACAACACCAUAUACCGGGUACUCAACUAGUUGAAGAGUCGGGGAGCGAAGUCGUCAUCAACUUUCCACAGGCAUGUGCCAAGGACAGCAGCCUUGGGGUUUUCCUGUCCGAGCUGGAUCAGAGGAUGGGGGAGCUUGGAAUCAGCAGCUAUGGUCUGUCAGACAGCUCCCUGGAAGAAAUCUUUCUCCGAGUGGCAGAGGAUAAUUCAGAUGCUGAACUGCGGCAUGCAUCACAAGGGGAGCAGACGCAACGUGUUGAGAAUGGAGCUCAGGUGACCGACCCACUGAAUUUAGAUGAACACGUUGAGACACCGGUGACCGGAUGGUGGCUGGCCUGGCAGCAGUUAAGGGCUUUGUUUAUCAAACGUUGGCAUUACGCCUGCAGGAGCAGGAGGGGAGUGUUCGCACAGAUUGUCCUCCCUGCUGUGUUUGUCCUUGCUGCCUUAAUCUUCAGUGUCAUUAUCCCUCCUUUUGGAGAUAACCCAUCUCUGGAGCUUCAGCCCUGGAUGUACGGAGAGCAGUUCACCUUCAUUAGCAACGAUGCGCCAGGACAAUCAGUGAUGGUCAAUCUGUUGGACGCCCUACUCGAUGAGCCUGGGUUUGGUACCAAGUGCAUGGAAAAAGAAGGAAAAGAAGACAACAUCAACAGCUCAGAGUGCAGUAGCCCACUGGGUGGAAUGUUCCUGCGGCCACAGGUCUCUUAUUCAACCUGGCAAAUGUUCAACAAGGGAAACUGGACCAGUGAGAGACCAUCCCCCAACUGCCACUGUAGCACAGACAAAAUCAACAGGAUGCUCCCUGAGUGUCCCCAAGGUGCUGGCGGCCUACCUCCUCCACAGAUAAAGAGACCAACUGGAGACAUCCUCCAAAAUCUGACAAGUCAUAACAUCACAGAUUACCUGGUCAAGACGUACACACAGCUGCUCAAGAAAAGUAUGAAAACCAAGAAGUGGGUGAAUGAACUGAGAUACGGAGGGUUCUCUCUUGGGGGUAAAACCUCCCAAAAUGUGUUUGAUAUCGAUCACGUCCAAAGUUCGAUUUUAGCGCUCAGAAAGCGUUUCCACGUUCCAGAGAAUAGUUCUUUGGACCAUUUCCUCAAGAUAGUGCCCAGUUUUUAUGCAAGCCUCAAUAGUAGAGACAACGUUAAGGUGUGGUACAAUAACAAAGGCUGGCAUGCAAUGGUAUCAUUUGUAAAUGUGAUGAACAACGGCUUGCUGAGGGCCAGUCUGCCACCUGGUCCAGCCAGAAGGAGACAUGGAAUCACUGCCUAUAAUCACCCACUCAACCUCGACAAGGAGCAGAUCACCGACAUGGUCAGGAUGACCACAACUGUUGAUGCCCUGAUCUCCAUCUGCGUGAUAUUUGCUAUGUCCUUCGUUCCUGCUGGCUUUGUCCUUUUCCUGAUUGAGGAGCGAGCCAGUAAAGCCAAACAUUUGCAGUUUGUCUGCGGAGUCAAACCCAUUCUCUACUGGCUGGCGAACUUUGCUUGGGACAUGAUCAACUACUGCGUCCCGGCCACCAUGGUGAUUCUAAUCUUCCUGUGUUUCAACCAGAAAGCCUACGUUUUGGACACCAACUUGCCCGCUCUAGCUCUACUGCUUCUGCUCUAUGGAUGGUCCAUCACACCUCUAAUGUAUCCGGCGUCCUUCAUCUUCACCGUCCCCAGCACUGCAUAUGUUGUUCUCAUUUGCAUUAACCUCUUCAUCGGAGUCAACGUUAUCAUUGCAACUUUUGUUUUAGAGCUGUUUAAAGACGAGUAUCUGAACGAAGUGAACAGACACCUGAAGAAGAUUUUCCUCAUCUUCCCUCACUUCUGUUUGGGACGAGGACUCCUAGAUAUGGCCAAGAACCAGGCCAUGACUGAUGCCUUUCAGAGAUUUGGUAGCAAACGGGCCAUGGAUCCUCUUGAGUGGGACGUUUUAGGGAAGAACAUCAUCUUCAUGCUGAUAGAGGGAAUUAUCUUCUUCAUUUUAACCAUUUUACUUGAGUACAAGUUCUUUAUCCACCUCAGGCCAUGGUGGACUAGACCUCUGAUCCCGCCUCAAGCUGGUCCCGAAGAUGAGGACGUGGCUCAGGAGAGACAACGAGUCAAAAGUGGCAGCGCUCACUCUGACAUCCUCACCAUGGUGGACCUGAGCAAGAUUUACAAGGCGGGCAAGAAGCCUGCUGUGGAUCAUCUCUGUCUGGGCAUUCCUCGCGGUGAAUGUUUCGGCCUGCUCGGCGUGAACGGUGCUGGGAAGACGUCAACGUUCCGCAUGCUAACCGGUGACACACCUAUCUCUUUUGGAGAGGCUUUUAUUCAUAACUACAGUGUACAGACAGAAAUGGAUAGUGUCCACCAGUUGAUGGGAUACUGUCCUCAGUUUGACGCCAUUAGCGACCCACUUACAGGAAGGGAACAUCUGGAACUCUAUGCACGACUGCGGGGAGUCCCUGAGCACUCCGUCAGGAAGGUGGCUCAUUGGGGCAUCCAAAAACUGGGGCUGACCCAGUAUGCAGAAUGGCAGGCCGGAACCUACAGUGGAGGACGAGCCCACCACAGGCAUGGACCCCAAGGCAAAGAGGUUUUUGUGGAACUGCAUCCUCAGUGUGACCAAGGAAGGACAAGCUGUUGUUCUCACCUCUCAUAGCAUGGAGGAGUGUGAGGCUCUGUGCGCCAGGAUGGCCAUCAUGGUGAAUGGAAAGUUCCAGUGUCUGGGAUCAGUGCAACACCUGAAGAGCAGGUAGUGUCAGUCUGACAACACGUGUCAACAGUUGAUCUCUGGUUUUUGUGUUAGCUACAAUGUAAUAGCUUGAGUGGAGUAAUAGGGCAGUUCUCUUUUGAAUAUGGGUUUUUAUGGUCAGAUCAGCUGAUUAGGUCAUGAGAUUAGUUUUAUUUAAAGAAAGAGAUGGACAUCUCUGCUGAAUAAUGAGCUAUGUUUUCUUGGCUUUCUUGUUGGGCAGGGUCACUUGUGUGUAAAACCUGUGUCCCUUGUUUUAAUAAAAUGUACUAUUGAUAUGGUUUGUAUUUAUCAAUAUUUUUUUAAUUAAAAUUGAUCUUUUGCUAUUUUCCUGACUCCUGGCGGAGUGUUGCAGACAUCCUAUUACCUGUUGCUUUGCGCUUGCCAUGGUCUCUUCUAACUGGAUGUGCUAAAGCUAAUUACAAAACUAGUAAGUCGAUGCUUUGACCGUCUCCACUGACUGCUGUAGCCCGACUAGUCACAGAAGGUUCUCCCUCAUUCCUUGUGUCCCCACCGGACAUAGUACCCUUUUUCGUAGGCAGAGAUGUUGUGACAUUCCUCAAUUCGUUGUUUCAACAAGGGCAUCCGUAGUGCAGUUUUAUCAUCUGUGGUCGGCAUGUGGCUCAUGAUUGCAAUGCAGAACAACAGGAUGAAGUUCUGGACAAAAUUACUCCAAAACAAUAGAAGAGACUGAUCAUGUUUUGAAUGUAUGCACACCGAGUUACCUACGACAGGUGCCUAUCACAAGUUGCGUAUUUGAAUGAAAUUAGUUGCAAGUGAAACUAUGUAUCAGUUUCUCAAAUGAAUUCAUGAAAAGCCCACAAUUUGCAUUCCACUGUUCGGAGAGCAAAGAGGACCGGACCACAUGGAAGCCAUUUGCUGGCGAGGGAUUUCAUCAGGAAGCAGUAGGUUAAAGGGGUUGCUGGACUGUUUUGAGAAAGUUAAUAUAAUCUUUUUCUUACUUGUAACAUUUAAACUGCCUGGCAUGAGGGGGAUUAGCUGCUCCGUGCUACACAGCGAUUGGUCAUAUGGCCUUUGCUGUCUCCCAGAAGAGACAAAGUGCUGCUUUGACUUGUCUGAUAUCUGCAUGAAUACACAUUCAAACAACACUGAUGGCUACUGUUUUUGUUCUGAACCAGUGGGGGUUCAUUCCUCGGAAGGUACUGAUAGUGUCCUUGUAGAUGUUGGUGUGUGCUGAAUCAAAGCAACACUUAAGAACUUACAAUUUUGGUUGAUUUUGGUGGUGCCAGUGGACUAAAGCGGUAGUGUUUUGCCUGAAGAAGACCACGUUUCCCAUGAGCACCAGCGAGCGCACAGUGUCAAACAAAUCAUUUCAUAUCUGGUCGCCUUCAGUUGGAGCGUGCUUUCUGCUUCCAGUUUGAAAGAUGAACAGCAAUGAGGUCACGAAUGUAAUUGUGGCUAAACAUUAUCAUUUGACAAAUGUUUGAAAAAUAUGUACGUACAUUUAUGACUAAAAUAAUGUGAUACAAGUCAAUUAUUGUCGCUGUCAUUUGUAAUUACUAAAAUCAUUGACAAAUUCCUGCAUACAAUUGGCAAUAAAGUUGGCUUUUAUUUUUACAUUUGUUAAACAAUGUACGUGUGAUUUGUCAGGAAUUUGAAGUAGCGACGGUAUUGCCACUUCUUCUGAGUCUGAUCCCCCACACACUCAUGCUGGCAGAUGCAGGGGCAGAGUGGGGACAGGGUUAGCUGCAGGCAAAGGAAGAAGUAGGGAGAGAAGGAGUAGGAGAGGAAAGUCGAGGGGAAUAAGUAAGAGACCAGAGGAUUUGAACCCAGAGACUCAGCAGAGGAAUCGAGAUCUACAGGAAUGCAGAAUCGCAGAGAUGCGCGCCAGAAUGCAAGCGUUGGACCAUAAUCAAAGCGAUGCACUGUUACAAAAGGGUCCUCAUAAGACUACCUGGCCUGAUUGACAUUUUGGACCUCCUGGAAGACCGUCAUUAUACCGUCACAGAGACCUAGGUGGAGGCAACCUACAUUAGUGCUGCUGCACAAACUGCAUGGAAAUGAAUACUGACCUGGAGAGAAUCUGUUGUGGGAAAACCCCUGAGAACUGUGUCAGCAACAUGGCGCACAUGGAGCAUUACAUUCUUGAUGAAGGGGUUUUGCGAAUGGCAAGGGCCGCCUGGAAUUAUAUGUUUGCUGUUGUGGAGUGUUGCUGGAGAGGAGCAAAGGCAGAACAGACAUAGCAUAUUGCCAGUUUCUGCUCUGGCAGCAUGGCUGCUUAGCUGAGAGACGUGGUUUGGAAGUUUUGACAAUUUGUUACUUUGUUCAGAAUUUACGUUUCACUUGUUCAUGUGUGUUGAAAUAUUUGUGCAAAACAAGACUUCAUUUGUUUUGCACGGGAAAUGGGAACUUUUUGAUUCUCAACUAGCACAUUGUCAUAUCCACAAGACAGUAUCAUUAGUGUUCACUUGGGGGAACACCUUCACCACGUUUCACAUGCAUUCUGACGAGCUCAGCUGUUGUGGGUGACUGUACUAAAGCCAGGAUCCCCAAGUUCCUUGGGGUCAUCUGGCCUAAGGGCCUCUUUGUUGGGAAGGCCACCACCACUUUGCAGCCUCUUCCCAAAAUGUCUCUCUGAAGGUCUGGAAUAUAAGAGUCAUGGUUCUUUUCCUUUACAGCAUUGACAAUUGAGGAUUUAGACUUUUUGUUGUAGUAUUUUCUGUAUCUCAAAAGAAGCACAAAUAUCUGAGAUUUUACCCGGUCCUUAGAUAUGCCAAAAACUUGUGUCCACCUUUGUUUCGUGCUGGGGGCGGCCAUUGUGGCAGUUGUAGUCUAUCGCAGCAAGUAGAGUAUGGGUGCGACUGAAUGUCUCUAGAUUCCUGUUCUAUUGUUGUGUGAGUACAAUACUGAGCACAGUGGCCUGAAUGAAAAAAAAUGUGAUCAAUAUAUGAACUGUGGAAAUCAAAAUCUCCUACUCACACAUACCUGGCGAGUCCAUUCUGCCAUCACCUCGUGAGAAGACAAAGCAAAAACAAACAUUAUAAAGGUAACAUGACAGUAUUUAUCAGUAAUCAAGUAGUAAUAAGUACAAUAGCAUAUAACUGGCAUCUCAAUAAUAUUCAUUGAUAUUUUAUAAAUAGAAAUCAAAGGUGUCUCACCAAGAACGACAACCUCAUCCUUCUCACACAAACGGGUCAGAACAUCAUCAGAGAUCGUGCUCUGGUUCAAUGCAGUUGUUAUCUUGUAUUUUGAAGAAGGUCGGCUCUGCCACCAUUUCCAUUUGCAUGAAUUGGAAGAGAAAUGCCACUUUCCUGUAAUUGUUCCCCAUUGACAGAAUGUUUGUGGAGAGCAUGAAGUCCCCCCCUGCAUCCCAUACUUCAAAAUAGGGGUUGUGAAUUCCACUUCCAGAGAAGGGGCAGAUCUGCAAUUAAUAAAGUAAAUAAAUAGAUAGAUAACAACAAAAUAGAAAACACAGCAAAGCCUCACUAGACAGAUUGAAACUAAAUAAGUGUCUGCCUACCCAUUCGAAAAUGACUACUGUUCAAUAGGGCUUCACUUCAACAUGGUCUUCCUGGACAUUUCACACAAGUUACUCUGUCAGAGUAAUCGCACGCUUCCACAGGAAACUGCAGAUAAGACAUGAACUGCUUCAGGUUAUCUGGAUAAAGGAAGGUAAUCCUCAUCUGAGCUGUCUCCAUUUUCACAGAAUCUCUGGUUUGUCAAGCUCUCGUCCAUUUCUAUACUGCGUAUAACCAUCCAAAUCCAUAAGCAGGAAAAAUAACACAAAAUGCAAUCUAAUUCAUCACAAUUACUUACAUGCUGUUCCUUGGACAUUGACUGCAUCCUCAUUCAGAGAGUCAUGCUGUUCCUCUUCCUCCACAACACUCAGAGAAUGCAUGCUGCAGAUAGAGCAAAUUGUAAGUCGGCUGUAGUCAAAAUAGAAAUAUAUGCAUUUAGUCAACAUUUGUUCCAGCAAAAGACAGUCACACUGAAAUAAAAACUAUGAUGCACAUUGCACUGUCCUGUGCAAUGUCCUUGUGAGCUAAGUGCACGGUGCCCUUUGUGAAUGCAACAACACAGCAUAUCAAUGUUGUGCAAGAGUAGGCAAAGAUUUCUGAACAGAUGACCAGGUUUCACACCCUCAACCAAAACACCCUCAACCAAAGGUAUUACUGCUUUGAUUGACAGAAACACACUUGGCCUCAGCACCUUCCUCCACCGUUUGGACGCCAUUUGUUGGUUGUCCCCUGAGAUCAUUUUGAAAAUUACUAAACACUGCCCAAAAUAAAUGAUAUAAAACUGACUCGAUUUGUACAGCUAUACUCAUAUCAAUAAAACAUGACAAAAAAUCCUAAAUCCUGUUUUCAAGGAAACUUUUACAUAAAAAUCAGUGCAAACUAGUGUCAUGUAAUUUACAAACUGACAGGGUAAUACCAGCAUGCUUCACUGCGGUCAAGUGAGCCGCGAUCAAGGCCCUCCGAAACACUGUUGUGCGAAUACUCCAGUGUUUACGGUAGACUGCAAACUAAUGGUGCAGAAAGUGACAAGCAGGGCUUGCACAGAUAUUUUAAUUUCUAAAAAAAGACCCUUAAUAGUUGACAAAAAUGGAUUCCAUAUUCUUGUUCAGCAGGUGAAGUACUCACUCUAAAUAAGCAGAGUUUCAUACAUUUCUACUGUAGAAAAAUGGAUUUAUUGCACGAUAAGUGCGGUAGAUCGCUGUCGACUCAAGUGUGACAUAUUUUUAUUCAUAAAAAAGGAUCCUUCAUAGUUGAAUUGAAUAUUCUUGUUCAUCAUCAUCAAGUCUUCUACUAUAUAUAUGCUAAGUGUCAUGCAUUUCCACUGCAGAAAAAUUGAGUUAUUGUAUAGUAAGUACGGUGUGAUAGUCAUAAAUCUAUAAUUAUUUACUGCUAUUAUUUACUUCAGUAAGUGACACACAUCUAUCUGUGCAUGACACUUUGCAUACUUAUAGUAAAGACUUGCUGAACAAGAAUAUGCGAUCAGAUUUCUGUCAACUAUUAAGGAUCCUUUUUUAUUAAUUACAAUAUGUCAAUAACCACUUGUAAUGAGUGAAAUGCAUUUGACUUACUGUACAAUAAAUCAAUUUUCUACAGUAUAAAUGCAUGAAACUUUGCUCAUAAAUAAUAAAGGACUGAACAUGGACUCUGUUUUUUAUCAACUAUGAAGGUUAUUUUUUUAGAAAUUAAAAUAUGUUCCCUAACACCUGUAAUGAAUAAAAUGCAUUACACUCACUGUACAAUAAAUCCAUAUUUCUUUAUUAAAAAUGUAUGAACUACUUUACCUGUUGAACGUGAAUAUACAAUCAUAUUUCUGUCAACUGUGAAGGAUUUUUUUUAAUGAAUUAAAAUAUGCAUCAUAACACGUAACACAUGUACAAUAAAUCCUUUUUUUUCCGUGUUUUAAGCGACGACGAUAGAAGGAAGUGACUUAUGCCUUAAAACAAUUGUAUUUUUUUGGAGGGCAGGGUUCCAACCACCCUCCUCAAAGUUAUUUAUUGCUAGUAAAAUUGAUACAGACCCCCUCAGGCCAUGACAGAGAUCCCAAUCUGCUACUUGUAUGAAAAUAUUUAAUUAAGGUUGAAUAACUCUUAAGUGUUGCUUUAACGCCCAGCUGCAAAUGAGACAAAUCCACACAAACAUGAGGGCCCUCACUACAAACAAUGAAUUUUCUAUAUCUGGUGAUUCCGGCAAGGGGUCAGAACAGGAGGUGAAAGGGAGAGGGGAGAUCAUGGUCUUGAAUGUAAUUCAUUGUCAAUGUCAUGAUGUGAGUAAUCAUAGCAAUGUUAUGUUACAUCUGCUAAAAAUCCAAUCCAAUCCAUUCAAUCAUCAUUCCAUAAGGGACAAAAGUGCAGGUGCAAUAAUUAACUAUGCUGCAAUAUCAGUAGGUAAAAAAAACCCCACAACAUUACAAUAUAACUGACCCUUUUGCAAAAAGCCAGGCCAAAAGGAGUUGUUAAAAGAGGUUUAAAAACAAGAAGGCCUGUUGAAUGUGGAAGGGUAGCGGAUCUAUGGAAGCUAAACAAUGUUAAUGCUAAUGUGAAUGUGUUGGAAAGUCGUUUUAGCAUACUGCAUAACGUGGACGCGUAAGAUAAAUGCUGCAAACAUGCAUACGUAGUCAGUUAACCCCCACUUAGUCCUCAGGGUUGCAGGGAGUGUUCCAGCGAUGAAGUGUGUUAGAGUUGUGCUGGCAUGAAGUAAUAGAAGCAUGGAUGAGUUUUACAAAAUCUCCCUUGGAUGAAAUGUGUUGUUUUGCUAGCCAGUGGAAAAAAACUCAUCUUUAAAACUGAGCUAAUUAACUGUUCUAAUUUAAAAAGUGGAUCAAUUAAAACACAUGGGUUGGUGACAGACAGUUUUAAAAAUGGAGCCAAGCAGCCAUGGUUGAAGUUAUGAGAGGCAGAUGAUACACUAUGAUCUUCUUGAUCAUACCUCUGAAAGAAGCAGUUUUGACACCUUAUGUGACAUACAGUAGGAAUGUACAUCUGACAUCAACAUAAAAAAAUAUUUUUUUUAUAAAAACGUUGACCAGAGGAAGCAAUUAUCGUGAGAACAGUCAGAGAAAAGAUAAGAAAAAAAAACAAAAU